AUGAAAGAAAUUCGAGUUUUAGCUGAAAUUUUAAAGAAAGCUGUUGUUUUUGACAUAUCUAGAUAUUUAUCUAGCUUUCCUAAAUCACGUCUAGAUAUUCAGCCUAAUCAUGCGACUAGUCAUCAUGGUAGACCAAGCUUUGGAGAAGUUUUGUUCGGAAUUACAUCGCAAGAAUCAAGCAGUAUAAGUGCUUCUGUGGGAGUUCCAAAACAAUCCAACAAAAUGAAACACAUUCCUUUAAAUGGCGAUGCCGGAUCGUAUUGUUCACCUAGACACAGCAAUCAAGAAAAUUGGCCUGAAACUGACCUUGACGAGAGUGAUAAAUAUCCCUGCCAGUUCACUACUGAAGUGAUUCGUCUGUUAUCCCUUUUCUUACAGAUUUUAGGACCCCACUGCAGUUUAAAAGAUUUAUGUGAACGAAUUUCACCAGAGUACAACAUUCGUUUUCCAACAUUACGUGAAGGUGGAUUUCAGACGCUUGUAAUUUACUUAAACAAUCUAAUACUACCAAUGUUAUUUCGAGGUUGUGCUGGACGCAAAGACUCACCAACUCUUUCAAGAGACAAUGUUUUCUAUGCACUGGAUGUAUGUAUAACGGCCUUGUUUGCAACAGAUUAUGCAUCGAAUACUGAUGGACAAAGAUCUAUAUACAAUUUGACCACCAUAAGUAACUCAACUCAACAACAGCAACAAACAUGUGAAUCGAGUCAAUCAGGCCCCCUGUCUGGUAAAUUAAAGGAUAAAAGUAAUAAAAGUCAAACUACAGGAUUUGAACUACGCACAAAUCCAAGUAUAUCACUUAAUAGACAAGCAACUGGAUCUAUUGCACAGGACAAUAUUUCCACUAUUACCACUUCAAAUAAUAACUCUGCUUCAAUAAAGCUAGUUAAUUUAUCUAAUUUAUCAACAGACUGCGAAGGUGGUUCGUAUGCCAGUUUAAUACGUUUACUUAGUCCAUCGUUGGUUAAAAUCCUGCCAGAUGAAAGCGGACCUUUGACUACUUCAGUACAAAUUACCAUUUCAAAUAAGUGUCAAGGAAAACAAGAUAGUUUUCAAUUAAAAUCACGUCCUUCUGUAAUACCGAAUUUAAACAAAACAAGUAUAUUAACUCAAAAAAGUCGUCCACAAGUAUAUUAUUCUAAACUUUUAGAUCCAACUUCAAUUAAUCUUGGGUUUCCCAUAGAUAAAAUUAAAAGUUUUAAGGCUGAGUUUGCGCACCGGCUUGGAUUUUUGGGACUGAAAUUAAUUCUUGUGGCGUAUACGCGUCAUGCGGCUGUUCGAAUGAAACUGCUAGUAGCUGCAUUAACACAAUUAGCUUUGAAUGGUCAAAAUGGUAUCCAGCUGUGGAAAUUUUUCGACUUCUUAGUUACUUAUAGACCACCACUAUUUGUACACUUACUGCCAUUUAUUCGAUUCAAAAUGGCUCUACUUCAGUGUGCAAGUCAAGGGGAACAAGCGUAUCAACAAAUUGUUAAUCAAAAAUUAAUUGGAUUACAUUUACCUAUCCCACAAACAGUCGCUUCAAUUUUAAGAAGUUUGUCGAAUGAACUGCAAAUUAUCAACUCCGAUAUAAAAGCGUUUAGUAAACGAAUUUACAAUGAAAUAACUUCGCCUAGAGCGUCAGGUUUACAUGAUUCAUUGCGUCGUUUACGUUCAUCAGAUAAUACAAGUUCCGUUUCCGCUCGUAGUAACAAGCAUACUAAAUUAACUAAAGUUGUAUCGAAAAAUACAAAUGAAUAUACACAUAAGUCUUCUCACAAAGUGUCCUCAAAAGAUCAAGUAAACCAGAAACUACAAUCACAUGUUCUGGCUUCGGUUACAUCAAACUCUACAUGUAGUGUAGAUUACCGUGAUGAAAAUAUCAUUGGAAUAUCAAAUUUGGACAGGCAUUUACUUAGAAGAAAAAGCCUCAAUCAGGAGUUUAGGCAAACUACUGGAGUACGAGAUCCUCGAAAACGUAUCCAUGCUCAUGAGGGCAGUUGUCUCCUAGUGAGAACUAGAGAUUAUGGUCAAGCGGAUCCAAUUUUAACUGCUUCUGCAGAAAGUCUAGUAAGAAAAAGCCAAAAAACAGGACAUAAAAGGAUUGGAACUCAGUGAGUGCUGUUUAUGACAAUAUUUGAAUACUUUAGAAAAAUAUUUUUUGCUAUUUGGUCUAUCAUAACUGAAUUAUUUAUGUUAAUUAAUUAUGUCGGUUGGAUCUUUAGAUAAGUGAGAUUGAGGCUUGGUCACAUUUCAGACACAGUCUGACCAGCCCUAAUGGAUUGGUGUCUGACGAAAUCUCAGCA